AUGCAGACCCCGCCUGAUUCGAGCCGAUCGCGGUCGGAAGCUGGUGCCGCAGCGGGCGUUAUGGCGCCCUCUGAGCGGAUAACAGACUGGGUUGAUGUUCGGUCACCUGAACAAGUCAUCGCGAGCCUCCAUCCUGUUCUGACUUGGACGCGCGUCCCGGACGCCAGCUGGCUCUUCGCUCGUGACUGGGCAAACCAGUUGCCCGGGGUUGCCCCGGGUUGGCCCGUUGAAGCCGGCCGGCCAAAGGACCCGAUCUCCGAGGGCGCCGCCGCCGGACAGCGCUCCACGUACGUGGAUGACCCCUGGGUCCCGGUUCGAACAUCGACCGUCUCGGACAGCAGCCAAGCACCACUCGCCAACAACGCCGGCCGACCCAUCCCAUCCACUCCGGUGCGCUCACGGAGACUGACACGCGGCGCGGUCCUGUCGCCCUUCGCGCCUGCCAACUCACCGUCCCAUACAUCCGCGAGCCUGUUGGUAAUCGACAACCCGGUUUCGAUCCUGGACUGA